GUGGAGCCCUCGAGAAUGGUAGUGCUCUGGCCAGAGACCUCACGGAGCUCCCACCACAAGGAGUCUGCAAACCCAGAGAGGGGCCUCACCAGCCCUGAGGAUCCCCUGAUCUUGGACUUCAGCCUCCAGAACUGUUAUUUAGCAGCUAACCCAAGAUUUGGAUCAUUGCCUAAAGUUGCACUUGCUGGUAUCCUGGGAUAUGGCCUGGGAAAGGCAUCAUACAUAGGAGUCUGCCAAAGUAAAUUUCAUUCCCUUGACGAUCAGCUACGCGGGGCUGGCUUUGGUCCAGGGCAUAACAGGCACUGCCUGCUUACCUGUGAGGAGUGCAAAAUUAAGCACGGAUUAAGCGAGGAGCGAAGUUCACAGCCAUCAGCUUCCUAAACUCUACACCCGUGGCUUUUGAAGUUUCUUAAAGUUCUGAAUUUGCACACACACUACAAUUUCAAGUGUACUUGAAAAUAGCGUACAGUGGAACAGAAACGUUGUGAUUCUCUCUAUCAAAAUGCUUUUUGCGGAAGAUUCUCAAUUGAAUUGAGUGUAUGUUUUUCUACUGUGUACGAACAUGGUGGGAGAAUUCACACACCGAAAAGAAAUUAUGUUGUAUUCUAACUUGUAUACAGUGAAGUAAAAGAAUGUCAAGUCCUCUCUAA